AUGCCUAUAUUCUGCUGUUCGUUUAUUUUCACUUCGCCUGAGAAGAGAAAAAGAGAAUCCUGGGGAAUUAUCCCAGAAAACGCACAAAAACACAUAAUUGGAUAUUUGAAUCCGAGGGAGAAAGCGAAAUUCUCUGCGACAUGCAAAAAGAACUACGAAUUGGUGAAAAAUGUAAAAAUCCCAGUAUACUGUCUUCAAUUUUGUCCGCUUCGUUAUAAUUCAAAAAGUGCCGAAAUUUUGGUGAAUUUUGAUGAGGAAAAUCAGAAUUCGUAUUCGUUUUAUUUCGAUCGGAAUGGAUUGAAUAAUUCGUUGAAGACGACGAUAAAAUCGAAUGGAUUGGAUUGUGUGUAUUCGCCACGUGGAUUGGAGGCGGAGUUUCGGCUGAUGGCUGAUUUGUGUUUUCAAGGAUGGGUUAUGGGAUCCAAAAUUGAGUUAUUGGAUAUUCGGGGUGACUACAAUGGAAAAAUCCCAUCAUCUCUGGAACUGUCAACAUUCAGCUUUUCGGAUAAGUACAACCGCGCAAAUUCUGCAAUUCCGGCCUGGCUGGAUAUCAUCCAGGAAAAUGAUAACGGAAUAAAUUUCAUGCUCAUGUCAGAUCAUUGGGAUAAAAUUUUGGGUCAUGAACAUAUGAACAAUGUUAAAGAUGAGCAAGGUUUCAAUUUGUUGGUAAAGAAGUGGAUUUUCGGAGGAUUCGCUGAUACAUUCGAAUGGCUAAUUGUUACCAAUGUCACACGACCACUGAAAACCGAAAAGUUACUUUUGGAUAUAAAAAUUCGAGGAUUGGAUGGAAGCAUUUUUGAAGAAGC